UUGAGUGCUUGCGUCGAUUUCUUGAAGUCAUAUUGCUAGGUCCUCGCAGUUCAUCGUAAAACUGGUGAUAUUCUGCUUUCAGCGCAUAAUUGGCUUUACACCUGAUAAUUUGGCAAACAUUUCUUCCGAAUAGGCUGAAGGACUCCCAGUGAGGCUGGUUGGCUUCCCCGUCCGGCUCAUCCGUUAUUUUUGCCCACAUUACAAAUCUGACGACAGAACAAGAAACCACCCAAAAUUUCAAUUUAAUAUUGGAAACAGAGGAUAUCUCACAAUCGGAACUGAUGGAUACUAACGAAUUUCUCACCGUGCUCGUAACUGGGGGAGCUGGCUACAUAGGCAGCCACUGUGUUAUUGAACUGCUGGAUCACGGGUUUCAAGUUGUUAUCGUGGACAAUUGCGAAUAUGCGGGCGAUCAGCCAAAAUGCCUGGACGAAAUAAAGAAAUUAACUGGGAAAGAAUGCGCUUUCUACAACGUAGAUAUUAGAAAUCAUUCCCAGCUAGUUCCUGUUUUUGAGAACCACAAUAUCUUCUGCAUCAUACACUGCGCUGCACUGAAGUCUGUUGCGCAAUCCGUAAUGGAGCCUCUAUCCUACUAUGAUACCAACGUCUGCGGAACAGUGGCCCUGUUAAAGGUUGCGAGCUUGUUUAGCGUUAAACGAGUUAUUUUCUCGAGCUCUUGUAGCGUUUACGGUUCGCCGGGAGCAUUACCAGUUCUGGAAAGCAACCCGAUAGGCGCAACUAUAGAAAGUCCAUACGGUAGAACGAAAUAUGUAGCGGAGAUGGUUUUGAAGGACCUGCAUGAAUCAGAUACGAAAUGGAACGUGGUUAUACUUCGUUAUUUCAAUACCGUUGGUUGCCACCAUUCCCGAAAAAUUGGAGAGCAACCGAGAGGGAAACCACAAAACCUAAUGCCUUUAAUUGCGGAAGUAGCGUUGGGAAAUGCGCCGUUCUUGAACGUUUAUGGUGCGGAUUAUGGAACACCCGAUGGAACAGAAGUAAGAAAUGACGUCAUACAAGGAAGUCAAGAAAUUUAUGCCAUACAAGGAAGCCGGAAAUGACGUCACAUAAAGAAAUAGAAAUGACUUCCAUAGAAAGGCCAAUCAGAGGUUCAAAGGAGCACCAGCCGUUGUCAGGUCACAGUAAAAUUUGAGGUUUGCAGCAAACAUUUUUUUAAUUGCCCUGCUAAUUGCCCUUUUGAAAGGUUUAACACGGGUCUGGCACUGGAGACAUUGUUGCCCGAAAAUACUAACUUGAGGCAAACAUCGCUGGUGCUUGUUUAGCUCUACUUUGAUGGUAUGACGUUGGCGAAGCCCUUUGUUUAUGUUAGUUGAUCUCGCAAACCGUUUCAGUCAGUGAAACAUCAAGCAGAUAUUUUCAAGCAACCUAGAUUUUUCUGGGUCAAACCAAAACAGGACAUGCGAUGUUUGUCUUACGUUUGUUAUUUUUCGGCAAUACUAUCUCCAGUGCCAGACUGUCAGGGCGGGACGCUCCUCCCUCCUGAGUAGCUAUUCGCUGUUUCUGGGGAUUUCCACCCCGCAUAUUUCUGCGCUGUUUUGACGGAUCUGCAGCACAGUUGCACUGGCUGCAGAAUCCUUUCUUGUUAGUCUGGUGUUUGCUGCGCCACGGUGCGCAUUAGAUUCGGCAUUAAAGCCUCAUCCGGGUUCACCGCUGUUACGGCGUCGAUGGUAUGAGAGCGCCCAUGGCCUCUCGUUAUAAGACUCACGCCAAUAUUUUUAGAAGGGCAGAGAGCGGGGCCAAUGAAAAAGUGUUUGCAGCAGAUCACGAAUUUUAAGGUGGCUUGACAACGGCUGGUGCUCCUUUUUGGCUUUGAUGUGACCUUUCUGGGGAAAUCAUUUUUACUUCGUUAUAUGAUGUAAUUACCGUUUACAAAAUCUAGGUUUACUUGCUCCUCUGGGCGUUUACAAUUACUUCCUUGUAUGACGUCAUUUCUUACUUCCGUAACGGACAGACAGACAGCACCAUUUUAAUUUUGUCUGAAUUAGAGGACCUUCGCUGCGCUCCGGUCGAUAAUUCAGACCACCUUAUUUAAAUUAUCAUAUUCCGGCGCCACGGCCGGCCGGCCUGGAGCAUCAGACAAGACUUGGUUUCAUAAUUCCUCAAAAUAAAAUUUGGUUAUUCGAGGUCAACUAAAAAAAUUCCGAUUUUUUCAAUUUUUCUUAACUUCUGGUUAUGCUUUCUUAGGUUUCUUAGGGUUUUUAGGGAUCUUAGGUUUCUUGUUUCCUUAGGUUUCUUGGGCUU